CUCACAAUUUGUUUUUUUAUAAGAUCUCUCUCUCAAACCAUUCUUCCACAAAUCUCAAACUCGCUACCUCGAGAAGGCGUGAGCUUUAGAGCAAUUCUGUGUCUUUGAUUCUUCAAUUCCAAGUUCUUCCUGGAAUUCCAUGGAGCCUUCUCGAUUAUCUUCUGGGGAGAUCCAUGUCAUCAUCGGCCCAAUGUUUGCAGGGAAAACCACGGCUCUCCUCCGUGGCAUCCAGACUGCAAGCAAUAAUGGAAGAAAUGUAGCAGUGAUAAAAUCGAACAAGGAUAUUAGAUAUGGAUUGGACUCCGCCGUGACCCAUGAUGGGGUGAAGCUGCCAUGUUUUGCAUUGACUGAUCUAUCAUCAUUGACAGAAAAAAUUGGAGUCCAAGCUUAUGAAAAGCUGGAUGUGAUAGGGAUUGAUGAAGCUCAAUUUUUUGAAGACCUUUAUGAUUUCUGUUGUAAGGCAGCUGAUGAUGAUGGGAAGACAGUAAUUCUUGCAGGCCUUGAUGGUGACUACAUGAGGAGAAGCUUUGGUUCUGUUCUUGAUGUUGUACCUUUGGCUGAUUCUGUAACCAAAUUAACUGCUCGUUGUGAGAUCUGUGGUAAACGUGCUUUCUUUACCUUAAGGAAGACAAAGGAGACACAGGCAGAACUAAUUGGUGGGUCUGAUAUCUAUAUGCCGGUCUGUAGACAGCACUAUACCAAUGGACAAGUUAAUGAAGCUGGAAGGGUUGUCAUGAAAUCUCAAAAGAUUCAGUAAAUAUGAUUCACCUUGAAUCAUCUUUGCUACUAAUUUAGUAGUAUGUUCUGUCUAUUUUACAAUCUAGGUGUUUUCAGAUUUAUGCUUUGCCAGUCUUUAUCUGUAUAGAAGCUACUUCCCAAUCUACCAUAUAUUUCUUGAAGUGUUAUAUGAAAAUAGUAGGUUUUCUGAAUUCU